UUCGAUGCUAAAGCAAAAUUAAGUUCUCUUAUGUAUCAUUCAAAUUAAGUCAGCUAAAGGAUACUUGUAAAAUUAGAUUACACUCUUUGUUAAAAACUUCAUUUUCUAACAAUUCCGUUUUUAAUCUUCUGUAAUGGCUAGCCCAAGGCGCGGACCGGUGAAGGUUGUGUUGAUCGAUACCCGGUACGUGAAGGCCGAUCCGACGAGCUUCAAAUCGGUGGUUCAGAGCCUCACAGGGAAGGAUUCUUGCGUUGCAUGGGUUGAGAGUAGCUCCUUCCAUGGAACUACCAAUAAUACGACGACGACGACUACUACUACUCAUGAGAUCAAUAAGGGAGAGAUCAAACCAGAUCACGAUGUUAUUAGUAGUACUAAUAAUGGCAACGGCUCGUCGUUUAUGUUUUCACGAGGAAUGUCUUUCAAGGACUUGGACAGAAUGUUGCUGGAAAUGCCUCCAUUGGCGGACUUGCAGUAUUGGCUCUCGGAUAAUCAGUAGAAUUAUUAUUACCAAUAAUUGAUAUCAUCACCAUAAUGAGUUAGUCCUGUAAUUUUGUUGUACUAUUCAUCUCUCAUACAAUGGUUUUAAA